GCAAGUAUCAGGAAUAUACAGAAGUCGACAGAAGUAUUAUUUACAGUUUACUGUUGUGUGACAAGUACACUGCUACUGUAAAUAGGGAGGCGUUCAAGUCAAUAUUGAUAAAGAUACGAGAACUGUAUUACCAAAGGAUUUCUGCGUCUGAUGAUGUUGAUGUGACAUCCCUUCAAGAUGAUGUCAAGGAAACCCAGAAUGGUGAGAUAACGUUUAAAUCAGACGACAUCAGACAUGACGCCAUGUACGCCUUUGUUACGGAGUGUCUGGUAGAGGACAGUGAUCUGGAGUUUUUCCUGACCACAGCGUCACGUGACGUGAUAUCAGAAUACUGCCGGUCCUGGGAUUAUAAGAGGAGUGAGGGAGAGAGAUGUCUGUAUAUACCGGACAGACCGGAGAAGAUGUACGACCUGUUCAUAGACAGUCUACAGCUGGACAUCAUCAUACACUGUACCAUGUCUGACGGGGAGAUUCAUGACAGGAUCAGUGAACAUUUGAAAGUACCACGUGAAAUAUUGGAAUGGGACCAGAAAGCCAGGGUGCGGUACGUUCAGUACACCGAGAGAGGGGGAGUACAGGAAGUCCAUCACGCCCGGGGGAUGAUUGUGGGAUGUGCUGGGGCGGGGAAAACAACAUUACUCAAUCGACUACUCAAGCGAAGUAAGAAGGAAAUAAAAAAGUUAAAAUCAACGAAAGGACUUGAGGUUCACGAGGAAAUAUUUGAAAUCCGUGAAAAGCGAGGAACAUUAAUAAAAGCUAAGAAACAUAUCAAGAGAUCAAAUAAAGAUGCCCGGAAAACGUUGAGUUUCUUUGACUUUGGGGGCCAGUGUGCGUAUUACGCCUGUCACCAGAUUUACUUGACCAGGAGAGCUUUCUAUGUUGUUGUUGUGGACGCCUCUAAACGUCUUGACCAGAAAGUGGAUAGGGAAGUGUGUGACCAGGAAGAAACUGUAUUUGCAAACUGGACUUAUAAAGAUUACUUUCUUUUUUGGAUGAAAUCCAUUCACACAUAUUGUCAUGGACAUUUAUAUAACGACAAAGGUAGUGACGUUAUUAUCAUUCUAGUAGCAACACACUGGGAAAAAAGUGUUUACAAGGAUAAAGCUGAUUUCCUUGAUAGUUUGCAGAGGGUAUUGCCAGCCAAUUCUUACCUUGUCCAGUACAUCAGAAAAGACAGGUGUUUCUGUACAAAUUUAUUAAAAGACAAAAUUAAUGUCCUUGAACAAGCCAUCGUAAAGAUAGCAGCAGAGAAAACGUGGAGUGAAAAUAUUCCCUCAGAAUGGAUUUUAUCUGACACAUUUCAGAAACAGAAAUGUAGACGUGUUAUGAAUCUUGAGGAAAUAAAAAAUCUUUUUAAGCAUCUUGAAGAUGAAAAACAAAUACAUGAUUUGGCAAAUGACAUGUUGAGAUAUUACCACGAUGCUGGAAAAGUUAUUCAUUUUGAUGAAGAUUAUCUUAGGAGCUCUGUGAUUAUUGAUGUCCAAUGGUUUGUAAAUGCAUUUAAAUUAAUUAUCACAGACAGGCAUCAUGUGAAGGGUAUUGUUGCUGAGAGACAAGAUUGGGAGGAAUUCUACAAAACAGGGAAUUUAAAAGAUUCCCUUCUCAGUGAUAUAUGGAAACUAGAAGAUAAAAGACUUUUGGAUACCAUUAAAGAUUCAACUUCAUCAGAAAUCAUAAACAUUGUCGAAGAUUCUCGCUUUCUAAUGCACCACAAAGAAGAAUUAUUGUUGUACUUGCAGAGAUUGGGUUUGAUUUCCAGUGAAGGUCAAUUACAUUAUGUUCCUUCAAUGAAUAAAAGAGACUUUGGAGAAAAACAAAAAGAGAUUAUCAACCGGUCAAAUUCAAAGUCAUCAGUACUUGUGUACUUGUUCGACUUUUUGCCUUAUUUUUUCUUUUAUCGUUUAGUCGUGGCAUUGAUGCAAAUCGAAAAUUGGAAAGUUCUGGAAAGUGACGGCAUCAGUUGUUUGUACAAAGAUGCCGCUAUGUUCAAUCACAAAAGUCAUAAUAUUGCCAUCAGCGUUACUCCAUCUACAAUUCAGCUUCAAAUCUUUCAUUCCCUCUCUCAGACGGCAAUGCUCCAUGAAGUGACUUUGUCUAUUCGAGAAAAAGUUGAAUCCAUAUUGCAGAGUAUUACCAGAUCUUUUCACAAAAGCCUUUCUUACAAAAUGGGAUAUCUAUGCGAUGGAGAUGGAAAUCAAAUUGUAGGCAAAGAAGUAGCUCACAAUUUCAUUAAGGAAAGCAUGUUGGGAAGUGGAAGCCAGAUGGCAUGCCCUAAACAUCAGGUGGAGGGCUUCCACACAAUAAACCCGGCCUAUUUGCUGAAAUACUGGAGAUAAGAGCACUUUUUCCAGUUAAAACAAUCUGACGAAUCCUGCGUUAUACAUAUAUAUUUGGCUUAUAUAAUAUGAUAGACUGAUCCCACCUGCAAUGUUUUGGAUGUCUGUGUUUGAUAUGUUCCUAUUUUCAUAUUGUUUUAUAGGCUUUUGAGCUUGAAUAAGUACAGUUCAUUAUAUCAGUAUAUUUCAGUACUCUACUUAAAUAUGCUGAUAAAUUUGUUU